UUUUCCAAGCACUUUGCGUAGUGGAAGUGGAACAAAGUCUUAACAAGAAACAAACCACCAUCAAAAUCACCUUUCAAGAACUAAUCAAACGUUCAAAAGGAGAGGGGAAAAAAAAAAAGAAUCCAAAAAAACCACAAAAAGAAAAACAAAAAUUUGAUAAAAGGAGAGCCCAUGUUUUACUCUGCAAUUCCCAAAGCCGAUUCUCUUUAGAAAUUUUGGUAGGAAGUAGUAGGAUCUCUAAAAGCACUCUUCCUCUUUCUUUCUCUCUCUCGGUUCUUCUCUUCCUUUUUACUUUUCUAAACCAUAAAGACCUAACCCUAACAGAGCAGCUGCAGCUAAAACAUCACCACCACCCAUGGCGGCACCGAUCUGGAUAUGGGCUUUCUCUGUGUCCCUGACUUUGGUUCCGUUCGUUUUGGGAAACUCAGAAGGAGAUGCUCUUUACACUUUGAGAAGAAGCUUAACGGAUCCGGAUAACGUGCUCCAGAGCUGGGAUCCGACCCUUGUUAAUCCUUGUACUUGGUUCCACAUCACUUGUAACCAAGAUAAUCGAGUCACCAGAGUAGAUUUAGGUAAUUCAAACCUAUCAGGGCAUUUGGUAUCUGAGCUUGGGAAGCUUGAGCAUUUGCAGUAUCUGGAGCUUUACAAAAAUAACAUCCAAGGAACCAUCCCUACUGAACUCGGAAACUUGAAGAGCCUCAUCAGUUUGGACCUAUAUAACAACAACAUCUCAGGGACCAUUCCUCCAUCACUAGGGAAAUUGAAAUCUCUUGUAUUCUUGAGGCUUAAUGACAACUGGUUAACUGGACCUAUCCCUAGGGAACUUGCUGGUAUUUCAAGCCUCAAAGUUGUUGAUGUCUCGAACAAUGAUUUGUGUGGAACCAUUCCUACCAGUGGACCAUUUGAGCACAUUCCUUUGAACAACUUUGAGAGAAACCCUAGGCUUGAAGGUCCAGAGUUGCUGGGGCUUGCUAGUUACGACACAAACUGCUCGUGAAGGACAGCGUGAUGCUGCAAAGCUUCGGAUUAGAUAUGUACUCACAAAAUUUCAAGUGUAUUAUCACAGUAUAAUGGGGUUUGUCAAAUGCAGUCCCUCAUAUAUAAGUAUCUGUAAAUCUGAAUACCUGCUUGGCCCGUAUUAGCAUUUGUAACUGAAUUAUCCUGCUCUUCCUAAGAUGUUCAAGACGACAACUAGUAUUGAUGUAAUGGUAGUGACAAGUUUACUUCCGGUAUGCAUCCUUAAUUUGGCUUUCUUGCCAUCUUAUGGUUUCUUGUUGUCUGUAAAAUAUCUCUGGUCUUCUACUGAGUACAUUAAUUUAAUGAGCAAUGGCGUUGAUCCUA